AGUGGCCGUUGCGACCUCGCUUGGGAACAUGGACCAUGAUGGGAUGAUGCGCUAACUGUUUGCCCCGACAGGUCGUCAUGGCCGUGGCCUCCUUCCUUGCCGGCGCUCUCCCUUUGUCGUUCUCCCUAUCCCAUUCGCAACUGCGACUCAUCGCCUCCCUGGGGGCCGGGUUGCUUGUCGGCAGCUGCUUGAUUGUUAUUCUACCGGAAGGAAUUGAAGCUCUUGCAGCGGCUUCGCAACAACACUCGCACCAGCCCCCGCAGCCGAAGGGACGGACACUGGUGGGGAUAUCAGGACGAGCUGAGGACCACGCGAGCCAGGACCGCGAACUGCCCGCUUUCAGCAUUGGGUUUGCUCUGGUCAUCGGCUUUGCGCUCAUGUUCCUCGUCGACCGACUGCCCCGCCAUGCGACAGAAAGGUUUCAGACAGCGCCGACGAGUAGGCACGUCAGCCUGGAGGAUCUGGCCGGGUCAAGCGUGUCCGGAGAGGAGGAAUCCGAAGGCUUUUUGGGCUCCCUUGCGCCGUCGCCGAAACAAAGCCGCAGUCUGGCCACCACGAUGGGCCUUGUCAUACAUGCAGCGGCGGACGGGAUUGCGAUGGGGGCGUCGGCCACAACAUCCAACUUGAGUGUUGGGCUUAUCAUCUUUUUCGCGAUCCUAGUGCACAAAGCGCCAGCCGCGUUUGGGCUGACGUCGAUUCUACUAAAGCAAGGCCUCUCGAAGCGAGCCGCGCGGGUGCAUCUCAUGGUGUUCAGUCUUGCCGCCCCCGCUGGAGCAUUGGCGACAUAUUUUAUCGUUUCACUCGUCGGAGGCGACAGCAUGGAGGGCGAAUCAGCACAGUGGUGGACCGGCAUGCUCUUGCUCUUCAGCGCCGGGACGUUCUUGUACGUCGCAAUGCAUGCGAUGCAGGAAGAGAAUAAUUCGGCGGGCCACGACCACCAUUCGGGCGGAAACGGGUAUUCUGAGGGCGGCGGCUCUUCCCACAAGAAGCAAGCCAAACUUCAGAUGCGGGAUACACUUGCGACAGUAGUGGGUUUUAUGCUACCAUUGCUGACGCGGUUCGGCCACCACCAUCAUUAACAUGUACCAAGUACGUUUUGUAUUCUGGGUUGGGCGUUCUGGUUAGAAUAGCGAGCGUGCCAUACUUGGGCAUGAAAAAUGGCGUGGCUUAGAGCGGGCGUUCUGGAUCCAGCGUUUCACACCAACCACGAUGGGUUGGCUCACUUGGUUUAUCGUGAAUGUGUUU